UCCACACCACACCCAUGGCCUGCUACAACCUCUGCCAGCCCUGCGGACCCACCCCGCUGGCCAACAGCUGCAAUGAGCCCUGUGCCCGCCAGUGCCAGGACUCCAGCGUCAUCACCAACCCUUCCCCGGUGCUGGUCACCCUGCCAGGACCCAUCAUGACCUCCUUCCCCCAGAACACCGCUGUUGGAUCCACCUCCUCGGCUGCCGUGGGCACUGAACUCAGUGUGCAGGGACAGCCCAUCUCUGGUGGAUUUGGUGGCUUUGGCUACGGCCUUGGCUACGGCCGUGGAUUUGGCUAUGGGCUGGGAGGCCUGGGCUGCUAUGGCAGAAGGGGCGGCUACAUCUGCUAAGGGCCCUCAGCACCAGCCCUGACACCACCAGCUCAGUGCUGUGGCAACAGCUCCUGCAAGCA